AUGGCUUCAACACCUAUGGACCUCGACCAUCGCGAAUCGACUCCAGCUAAUAACGGAACCUCUCUCAACAUCACCCGCUCACUGGCAGGCAACAACACUACACAACUGAGUGAGACUAUCUCAACAUUUCGCCCGACAAAACUGUUCAAGAGAGACGACAUCAAGGAUGGCCGCCCGCAGCCCCACGUACUGUCCCUCGACUUUGACGACCCGGGCGAGCUUCUCAUGACCUCCGAAAGCGACGAGACCAUUCAAAUCUACAACGUCAAGGAAGGCCGGCAUGACAAGAGUCUACUUAGUAAGAAGUAUGGCGUUAAGUUGGCCCGGUUUACACAUACUAGCUCUAGCAUCAUUUACGCAAGUACGAAACAGAACGACCAGAUUCGAUACCUGGCGACGCACGACAACUCCUUCAUCCGAUACUUCGAGGGCCACGAGAAGAGCGUCACAGAUAUUGCUAUCCAUCCAGGAGCGGAUAACUUCAUCUCCUGCAGUCAGGACAAUACUGUGCGUCUCUGGAACAUCUCGACAAAGCAAUGGUGCGGUCAGCUGAUCAUCAACUCACCGUACCUCGCUGCAUACGAUCCUUCCGGUCAAAUCUUUGCAGUUGCUUCUCCUAGCAGCGGCAGCGUUUUGCUGUAUGACUGCCGCAACUACGAUAAGGCGCCAUUCGCGACAUUCGAUAUCGUGGAGGUCGGACGGCACGUGGACCCCCAGUUCGUCGUCAGGGGCUGGACGAAAUUGGAGUUCUCAAACGAUGGGAAGCAUAUUCUUGUCGGUACACGCGGCAACGGCCACUUCCUGUUGGACGCCUUUGACGGAAGUUUGAAGGCGUACCUGCGCAAGCCCGAGGGUGGGACUCGGCGCUUGGCUACGGGCGAGACGGCUACGAUCAACGGGGCGCCGAGAAUAGAGCAGCCGACGGUGGAGAGCAGCGGAGAUUGCUGCUUCUCCGUAGACGGCCGCUACGUCCUAAGCGGUUCCAAGAAGGACGUGCUGGUCUGGGACAUUCUGACGCCCCCGCAGAACGACACAAAAACUCUCAACCCGACCUGGACAUUGGAGGACAAGCGGGAGGCCGCCGUAUUGGCCUUCAAUCCGCGCUUCAAUUUCUUCGCCACUGCCGACCAGGAAGUCCUGUUCUGGGUGCCUGAUCCUCUUGCUUGA